AAUACACAUUUAAUAGAACUCUCUAUAAGACACUCUCUCAGCCUCAACAAUGGCUUUUACAACGCUCUCUAUGCAUUCUACAACGCCCAUUUCUCAUUUUCAACAAUGGAAAGACCAACCAGCUAUCAACCAUGCCAAACCCUGCACCACAACGGUUUUUGGUCAACCCUCCAAAGUCCUCUCCAUCAUCAAACCUUCUAAAUUUCAUCUAACCACCAACCGCUCCGUCCAUGACAGUUCUAUUCUCAGAUCUUUUAAUUCCAAUGCCGAUGUCGAUGUCACCAUCACCAACAGUACCAUCUUUGGCAUCGAUGGCAAGCCAAUUUCGGUUGACGAGACCGAUUUGGACCGUCCAACAGAAGGGUUUUCAUCCAUUGAGGAAGCUAUUGAAGAUGUUCGGAGAGGAAAGAUGGUGGUUGUUGUUGAUGAUGAAGAUAGGGAAAACGAAGGAGAUCUGAUAAUGGCGGCAGAGGCGGUGACGACGGAGACGAUGGCUUUCAUUGUAAAGCAUGGAACCGGGAUUGUUUGUGUGGGGAUGAAAGGAGAAGAUUUGGAGAGGUUGAACAUUCCAUUAAUGGUGGAUGACAAGGAUAACCAAGAGAUGCUCUCUACUGCUUUUACCAUCACUGUGGAUGGAAGAGAUGGCACAACGACGGGAGUUUCAGCGGAGGAUAGGGUGGCGACGGUGGUGGCAUUGGCAUCAAAACACUCAAAACCAUAUGAUUUUAAACGGCCAGGCCAUAUAUUUCCCCUCAGAUAUAGAGAAGGAGGGGUUUUGAAAAGGCCUGGCCACACUGAAGCCUCUGUCGACCUUGCCGAGCUGGCUGGACUCUUUCCCGCUGGUAUUCUCUGUGAGAUUGUGGACGACGAAGAUGGCUCCAUGGCUAGGCUCCCUAAGCUUCGCCAGUUUGCAAAACAUCAUGGUCUCAAAAUCAUCUCCAUUGCUGACUUGAUCAGGUACAGAAGAAAGAGGGAGAAAUUAAUUGAGCGCAUUGGAGUUCCUACAAGGAUGCCUACUACAUGGGGACCCUUCAAUGCAUAUUGUUACAAGUCUAUCUUAGAUAGCAUCGAACAUAUCGCAUUGGUUAAGGGUGAUUUAGGUGAUGGGGAAGAUAUUCUAGUAAGGGUGCAUUCAGAAUGCUUGACAGGAGACAUAUUUGGAUCAGGAAGAUGUGACUGUGGAAAGCAAUUAGGUUUGGCAAUGCAACACAUUGAAGAAGCUGGUAAAGGAGUGUUGGUUUACGUUAGAGGGCAAGAAGGAAGAGGCAUUGGUUUAGGGAACAAACUUCUUGCGUAUAAUUUGCAAGAUGCUGGUAGAGACACUGUUGAAGCUAAUCAAGAUUUGGGAUUGCCUAUUGAUUCCAGAGAUUAUACCGUUGCAGCCCAAAUCGUAAAGGAUGUUGGCGUGAGAACAAUGAGGCUAAUGACAAAUAACCCAGCAAAGUACAUGGGGCUAAAGGGAUACGGGUUGGGUAUUUCAGGCAGAGUCCCUCUUGUGACUCCAAUUACAAAGGACAAUAAAAGAUACCUUGAGACUAAGAGAGCCAAAAUGGGGCAUGUCUAUGGCUUGGAAUUCAAUGGUGGAUUAAGUGCUCUAAUUGGUGCCAAUAAAAAAUAAUCCAAUAAUGCUAAUUCUUCAAUGGAAUAUGGCUUUCCCUCUUCUCCUUCAUUGGGCCCAAAUCCAAAAUAUAAAAAAAUAAUAAUAAUAAUAAAAAAUAAAACUUGUUGGACAGAAUGCAUUCGUGAGUGCUUUUCAAAUAAAUAUAUAGUUUUAUGCAUGCCUGUCUUUUUUGCUUUGAGUAUUGUAUUUGUAUUAUAUUUUAUGAAAUAAAUGAACCAAUUUGUGGCUUCUCCUA